CCCGAUCCCUUUCGCUGGGACGCCCUUUUCUCGCCACGGUCCGGACGCCAUCGCCGCCGAGCUCAGAGGUAAGCGCAGAAAGGUGUGAAGACCGAGGGCCAUGGAGCCGAAGGCGGGGCAUUCGGGUCGUCUUUUUGCAGCAGUUGGAGUGCUGGUUUGUCUAUUUGCAGUUGCAGUGUCACAACUGCCUGGUGCCCUUGCUGCUGAGGAAGAUGUACUUGUUCUGGAUUUUACCAACUAUACAGAUUCGUUGCCGAAGUACAGUUUCCUUCUGGUGGCCUAUGUCGCUCCCUGGUGUAAAUACUCGAAAAGGCUGAAGACUCCGUACGAUGCGGCUGCCGGUGUGCUGAAGAGCGAUUCUCCGAAAAUCACCCUGGCAAGGGUCGAUGCCAGCGACGAUGAAAACCGACCGAUCGCUCUUCAGAAUGAUAUCAACGAUUUUCCGACCCUGAAGAUCUUCAGGAAUGGCCAGUUUUUCAUGCCGUAUGCCGGUCCCCUCGACGACACAGAGGGGAUGGUGGCUUACCUCCGCAGACAGGCGGGACCGGCGUCGCUGGAGAUCACGGAAAGAGCACAGGCGGUGGCACACCUGGCGGAAAACCCCGUUGUCGCCAUCGGGGUGUUUGACAAGUUAGAAGGAACAAAAUGGGACGCCUUCAAGCAGAUCGCCGAGGAGGUCCGCACGGAGAUCCCUUUCGUGCACACUACGAACGUCGAGCUGUUGGGAGUGAGAGGCGGGCCUUUCACGUUGUCCCCGCCAGGGUUUCGGGUGUAUACGGCUUUCGACAAAGAGAUUUACGAUUCGAACGAGUUCGACACGAGAAAGAUGAAAGCGUUUGUCGAGGACGUGUCGACGCCGCGUGUCAUUUCGACCAGCAAGGACCCCAAGAUAGGAGCUUUCGUGAUGAAGUCCUUCGACGGAGACGAGCCUAAGGUGUUUGCGCUAGUACGCGGCAAUGGCAAAGACGCGGCCGAGUUGAUCUCUGCCAUCAAGGCCGAGGCCGAUGGAAAAUUUGGGAAGCUAUACCGAUUCAUCGUGACUGAGGUGACCGACAACCCGCAAGCCCUCCACUACUACGGUGUCCAGCCGAAUGACGUCCCCACCCUGGUGAUCCAUGACACGGUGAAGGAGAAGAAGUACUUGUUGCCGAACGCCACAGCUGCAGCUGUCCCUCUCUUCUUGGAAGACUUCCGCGCUCGCAAGCUUGUCGAAUCGAUAAAGUCGCAGCCGAUUCCUGAGAAGGAUGACGAUCUUGUCAAGACAGUCGUGAUGAAAAACUUUGACGAGGUCGUGAAACAGGCCGGAAAGAACGUUCUCAUCCUGUUCUAUGCGCCAUGGUGCAAUGUCUGCAAGCGACUCAUGCCCUCGUACGAGGAAGUCGCUAAGGAAUUCCAAGACGAUGACGAGAUCGUUGUUGCCAAAUUUGAUGCAACAGCAAACGAUAUUGUCGAUAAGAAGUUCUCCGUGAGAAGUUACCCUACGAUCUACUUCCGAUCGAGCAUGGGCGUGCUCACAUGGUAUGCCGGAAAAGGCGAAACGGACGACGUUAUCGCUUUUGUUGACAUGCACAGGGGAGCCGGGCUGGGAGAUAUGGAUGGGGAGGAGGGCGCUGUGCUGGGAAAUGUGGACGCUGAGGAGGAGGAGGAGGCGGAGGAGGAGGAGGUGGGGGAGAACUUGGAUUCAGUGACUAUGCAAGAUCCUCCCAAAGAUGAGUUGUAGUAGAGGCUCUGAGUGAAUCCUGGAAUGGAGAGGAAAGCUCCUGGAUGUAACCGAUCUUCACUUUUUUUGAAGUUCUUUUCGAAUUCAUGGAGCGGAUCCGGGCGGAACUUUGAAUUUGUGCGGUCCCGCGCGCGUUUUGGAGUCAUGGAGCGAACUGGUAAACCUCAGCGUAACUUAAAAACAUGCGUACAGCCGCAUGCAUGUGUUUUGAACUCAUGGUCAUCGAACGGAUGACAGGAGAGCUCAGAUGUGCGCAGAGCCGCUGUAGACCGUGGUUGUGAACAGGGAAUGAGGGCAUAUGCACACUCGGACUUUUGCGAUGCAUCUGUGGCAGUAGUUGUUGCGGUCACAUACAUCCGUGGGGGUUCUUAAUUGCGGCCAGAUACGUGCAGGAAAGGGCGAGUGUGAGUACGCUCUGAGAUUUGUGAACGUGAUAUUCAUAAGAGAAUGCAUGAUUUCUCAAAGGAAGGCUUCGCCUUGGGCCCUUAAACGCUCAUAACUCGAGCUGAAGGGUCCCACGGGCCGGCUUUUCUCGGGUUUCAUAAAGGGUCCCACGGGCCGACUUUUCUCGGGUUUCUUAUCAGUUGGAAUUACGGAUCUGAGAGAGGAGGUGGGCACAGAGAAGAUGAAGGGCUUGGAGAUGAGAUUGCUCGUGCAUUGAGAUCGCGAGCUGAAAUUAGAGGUGUGCUCGGACUAAGACAUACGAUUGCUGAUCUAGUGGAUUUCUAGUAAGAACACAAGAUCAGUGCAAUUUCAAGGUGGAUGGGAAAGAGGCUCUGACCUUGCCUGAAGCUCCAGGCAGAUGGACGGUGCAGAUCGCCGGUGCAGAUCGCCAGUGCAGAUCAAUGUGCAGAUUAUCAACAGUGCAGACAGUGCAGAUGGCUGGCCAAGAUAGAUUGCCGAAACGGCAUGAACCCUUAAAGGCCUGUUCAGAAUUGACGGUGCUUACCCAUCGUAGACGAAGGUCGAUAAGAAAUCAUGACCGUUGUAUGAACCUUGGGAACCUAUGGAGCAUACAGAUUUCUGGAGAAGAUUGAUGAAACAGCAACAGCAUGAUCACCUUACGAAAGGUUUCGGGAAGUCCAGGGCGGUUGCAAAUCGCGGUGAAGAUUUGAGGAGACAACCUGAUCUUUAAGCAUCUCUGCAGUUGUUGCGCGGCAAGUAGUUGCGGAGUCGAAACACAUUGUGGAAACAUAUUGUGGAAACAUAUUGUGGAAACAUAUUGUGGAAACAUAUUGUGAUCUAUCUUGGAUGUGAGCUGUGCAAGAAAGGCAAUUGUUGUCUGGCCUCAGAGUCAAAAGAGGAGGUAUUGAUGACAUCAACACGAGAGGAAAUAUCGAUGACAUCAAUAGACACAGUAUGAUGGGCUCCCAACAUGAUUGAUUGGCUCUGUCGACACGAAGAGGAGAUAUCGAAGACAUCACCACACACAAGAGUGUUUAUAUUUGUUUCCGUUGCAAGCGUUCAUC